AUUGCUCUCAUCAUUUGGAGAUACUCUGAAGCUUCCUGUGUCUAGACUUUCAGGUAUCAAUUACAAUAUGGCUGCUGUGGCAAUCACUACUGUGCUGCUUCUUUUGUCUUUUUCAGUAAAUUCACAGAAAGAGAAUACAGGAAGGAUCAUCGGGGGUCAAGAGGUCGAACCAUACUCUAUCAAAUACCAGGCAUCCCUUCAGACUGAGGUCGGGGAUCACUAUUGUGGAGCCACGCUAGUUCACCCAGAGUGGGUGGUAUCUGCUGCCCACUGCUGGAGACCGAGUAAUUUUAUGAGGGUUGUGCUAUGUGAGCACAGCCUGAUCAAAACAGAGGGAUUUGAACAGAUCUUCAAUGUCUCAAAGAUAUAUGUACACAAUUAUAAUUUCAGGACAUAUGAGAAUGACAUCAUGCUUAUUAAGCUUAGCAGACCAGCACAGCUGAAUGCUUAUGUUCAGCCAGUUCUGAUACCUGAUGAAGGUACCCCUCCCUUUAGUGGCACCUGCAUAGUGAGUGGCUGGGGAGUGACACAGGUUUACAGUUACACCCUCUCCCCUGUGCUACGUGCUGUGGAUGUAAGAGAAAUACCUUAUUGCACUUGGUAUUACUGGGGCAGGAUCAAACCAGGUAUGCUUUGUGCUGGAUCUCCAUACGGGGGAAAGGACUCUUGCCAGGGCGACUCCGGGGGCCCCCUUGUCUGCAAUGGCUACUUUGAGGGCAUUGUCUCCUGGGGUAUUGGCUGUGCAAAUCAGUACUACCCUGGUGUCUACACCAGAGUCAGGAGCUAUAUUCAGUGGAUUAACUGGGUUAUUGACAACACACCAUGAGCGAUUUUUUUCAGUUAAACAGUCAAAUGAACAUAAUUUUCAGAUGGGCCUGAAAUGAAUAAAUAUUAACGUUAGGAAUUUCUAAAAUGUUCCUGGAAAUAUGUCAAUAUUGCACCUAUAAUUAAUUGAUUGUCACUCUUUUUUCUGAUAGGGAAUAAUAAAAGAAAGACUUGUUGCUAUGAUAUCCUUUUUAUUUUUUGUUGGUACUAUAGCAGUAUAAUUAGUAACUGUGUUAAUCAUUCAAAGUGAAUAGUACUAUUGAAAAAUCACCAAUGUUGUUGUUUUCACAUGAAUCAAUUUUCCUAUUAUGCCUGUUACUACAAGCAAAACCUCUUAUAUUUUAUUUAAGCUUCAUUGUAAAUAUGACAGUUUCAAUUAGUGCAGCUUUAAGAACAAUUUUACCAAUGCACUGGGUCUAUAAACUGACAAGUGAUACUUGCUACUACUACUAGUAUGGAAUAAAAGGUUAACCCAUCCACAGUGACAGUGAAGAUGCUGAUUGUCUGUAUCAUGCUUCUAUCAGUCUCUUGUGUUCAAAGUCCAAAAUGUCCAAAAGUUGCUUAGAAUAUAAAAAUCAACAAAGUGCUCAAUUUUUCUUCACAAAGAAGAGCUGACCUUUAUAUGUUCAUAAAACACAUAGCAAAUGGUUACAUAAUGCAGCUAGACAAACAAACAAAUAUUUUAGUAAUCUGUCAAAAACCUGUUUAAAACUCAAAAUUAUCGACUUCACUGAACUCGGGUCUUGUUUUAAACAUAAAGAACUCCUUAGGAAAGUGUUUACUCGUGUUAUAGAGCAACUUAGGGCAGCUGUGGCAUUAACCUCACACUGGGUGCCUAAUCAAGUUGUAUCUAAACAACUAAAUAUAGAAGCUAUCCUGCUGCACACUGAAUAAUUACAGCUUCUCUCUGGUGCUGGUUUCUGUUGUUAAGCUAAACCUAAACAUUCAUGCUCACAUUCACACCUAUGCCAGUUAACCUAACAAAGUUAUAACAUAUGCUAAAAAGCUCUGAUUAAAAAUAAUGGCAUGCUGGGAAGUAUAUUACUGGGAAAUUCAUGUGAACCUGUUGAGGUUAACUAUAAUUUAACAGUGAAACAUUAUGACCACGAAUAAGUUGAAAAUGGUGCAAUAAGUGUGUAUGAUACAUGUAUCAGGGGCAUUCUCUCUGCUUUUUUUUGUUGUUGUUUACCGUAAGGUGAUUGGAUCCUACCCAAUGGAACUUCAGAGACUAAACUAUACAUGCUACAGGUUUGGCAUUGAUCAUCUGAUCAAGCAAAUGCUACCAUUUGUCCAAUUUUUUAUAAGCAUUAAUGGAAGCUAAAUUUGUUUUUAUAGUCUUAUGCUACAGAUUUUGUACACUUGUGUGGUUCCUCUGUAGUUGCAUAACUGUGAAGUUUAAAUUAAUAAUUUUAGUAGUGAUGAAUUAAUGAUUAAAAUAUCUCUUAUUUGAGCCACACAUUUCUUGUGAGAUCAUACAUUUCAUCUCCAAAAGUUGAU